UUCUGUUUUAGUUAUACAUCUCCGGAACAAACAUUGAUGCCACAGAAUAUGAUUUCAAGAAAGCAUUGGAUCUCUUACAAUACAUAGACAAGACUGACCCAUCAAUAGACUAUGAAAGUCUGAGGAUGCACAUUUGGGCCCAGUCUAUUCUUAGAGACAGCUGGCAACAAGAUGAUUCUGCGGAUGUUAUGGAGACCAAUAUGAAUACUGUGUUCUUCAAAACAGUGGACCUGGCUUACAAAGAAGGAAUGGAUGUGAAGACAUUUAUGCCAGAAUUAAGGGCAGUGUUAAACUGUGAUGAACUUGGAGAACUUAAAGAUAAUGCUGGCUUUCAGUAUUUGAUACAAGCUGGAUAUGAACAUAUCGGACAAGUGUUAUGAUUUAUAUGAACAUAUUGGACAAGUGUUAUGAUUUAUUUAAAGUCACAGAUGAGUCUGCAUUGGAUACGAGUUCUUUUAUGAACUUAUUGAAUAUGAAGUGUUAUGAUCCAUGUUAAGUUUACAGGGAAUAUAGUUAA